AUGGAAAAAUUGCAAGAAAAGAUGACCAAGUUCAUCAAACUGGAGGAUCAAAGACAUUUCCGCAAAAAGACGGACGUCCCGACAAUUGAGUCCAAACGAGAAGACAAACGAUCACGAGAAGGGGGUCGUAAUCGAAGACCCCCACGUAGGGACCUCCCAGCACCUCUCGGUCCCCGAUACGAUCGUUACACGAACCUCAUAGUCCCAAGGGAGAGGGUAUUCGAGAAAGCCCUGCAAACUAAUAUGAUCUUUAUCCGCAAACGAUACACACCCAGGGGUGCGGAUGAAACUAAGACUUGUCGGUUUCAUGACAACCGAGGGCACACCACAAAGAGCUGUCAGGUCCUCAAAGACGAGAUUGAGCAAUUAAUCCGUGUCGGACACCUGCAAGAGUUUGUAAAAGGGGAAAUGAGUCAGCGAGAGUGUUCCCCAAAAAGACGCGAGGAAGUCCAGAACGCUCACGUCGAAAGACUGAACGUUCUCGCGAACGCUCCCGAAGCCGACCUCGAGAGCGAGAUACGGCCGAAAGGGGCCAAAUUGAUACAAUCUCAGGCGGUUUUGCCGGAGGGGGAGCCUCAUCCUCGGCCCGCAAGAGGCACUUGCAAAACUUACGAAGCGUCCAUUCAGUGA